AGCUGCUGAACUCUCGGAUAUGUUGUUGAGGUAAAUGAGUCCCUGGCUUGAAAGAGAACCGAUGCUCACUGUUGUUAUUUUAGCUUAGCACUCGUCUCGAGAGUCAUUCGACAUAUACCCCAAGAUCUUCCGACUCCGUUUCCAUCAUGAUUGUGGACACGUCGAGCCUGUUCGCCUACAAAGCUAGAGUAACCUGGCAACAGAGCUUGGGCAUAGCUUCUACAGGAUCAGACCGUGGCGUCGCGAACAGAACUUUCAUAACGGCUCUCAUGAUGAGUACGAACAUGGCGCUGGGCGGCCUGCGCCGUGGAAAACACUGUUCAUACUGCGAUCGGUCUUUUGCCCGCUCCGAACACCUUGCGCGACACGAACGUUCACACCGUAAUAAACGCCCGUAUCAAUGCACAUUAUGCGAUGCAUCUUUCAGCCGGCAGGAUACUUUCAAAAGACACCAGUCGCGACACCAUAAUCGAGCCGUAGGCAACACUCAGUGCCUACGAAGUCAAGGGGACAUAGAUUCAGUCUUAUCAAUACCUAUUGACCCGGAAGUGGCGCGGAUACCAAGCACGAGAACCGCACUUGCAGCAGUAGAAGACGGAUCCGAACCAAUCAUCACUUGCCCACCGUCAGCUUUAUAUUUAGAAGACUCGACACUGGCUAGUAGGCCCGUACUAGAUUUUUCGACCCCAAUGCAUGAUAUCUCUUUUACCUCCGAUUCCGAACAAUAUGGAAACUUAGCAGGAGCAGCACACGAAUGCUUAGAUAUCAAUCUCGGGGCCAACUAUCUUGCGCGCCCCUGUGAAAAUGCCACCACCCCAGCCCGCCCACCACACAUAGAGGACUCAUCGUCAUGGAAAGGUUCUUUCGCUCUCUCGGAGGGGAAACAUGUCGAUUUGGCUUUUGAAAUUGGGUUAAUUGCACCAAUUUUAUGUCACAGCGAGUUUGAAAUUCCCACCCGCUUUACAUUUACGAGGUUGCUCAACGCUUUCGCCGAGUGCUUUCUCAUAUACAUCCCAUGUAUUCAUACGCCAACCUGGAAAGCUCCUCCUGAGCUAUGGGCAUGAAGGGCUUUCCCCGCCGGUUCAGGAUACACAGCGCGACGGGGAGAUAUGACAAAACUUGAAGAAGAGUUGAAGAUCUGAGAACAAGAGCUAAACUUGUUUGGCUCCAUCCUUAACGUGAUAUCUAUCUUAUACUUUACCUUGUAUACCGCUCAAGUCGAC